UGAGAUUGGAAUCAACCGUUUUCCAAUUCCUACAUUGACGAUUCUGUUCUUGACACCAUCAAUACACAUCUCACGCUUCCUUUCAUUCCUCUUCGUCUCUGCAAGUACCUACUGGAGAUAUGGCAGACACAAAGGUUUGGUUUAUUACUGGCGCAUCGUCAGGGUUCGGGAGAUCAGUUACGGAACUAUUGCUUAACAAGGGCGAUAAAGUCAUAGCGACCCUUCGCAACCUUGAUGCUUUAUCAGAUCUCUCAGCACAGUUCACAUCCUCCCAGCUCUUGGUCAUUCAGCUUGACGUGACGAAGAGCGAGGGUGUCGCGGCUGCGUUCGCGAGAGCGAAAGAAGUUUUCGGAAGGAUUGACGUUGUGUUUAAUAAUGCAGGUCAAAGCGUGACAGGAGAGAUGGAGUCCGUGAGCGAAGAAGAGGCCCGUCAGAUGUUCGACGUAAAUUUCUGGGGCGCUAUGUAUGUGAGCAAGGAAGCGGUGAAGUUUUUCCGAGAAGUGAAUAAGCCAAUGGGUGGGAGACUACUGCAGGUCUCGUCAAGGUUGGGUUUGGUAGGUGGCCCUGCGAGUGGUUUCUAUAGUGCAUCAAAAUUUGCACUGGAAGGUCUGAGCGAGUCCUUGGCAAAAGAGCUCGAUCCUGCGUGGAACAUAAAGGUCACAAUAAUUGAGCCAGGUCCAUUCCGCACCAAGAUAUUCAAAGAGAACCAACGCGUAACUUCCCAGCACCCUGCUUACGCCAAUCCCACCUUGCCCAGCUCCCAGGUUCGGCAAUUCAUCGCCUCGGACAAGGUCGAUGGAGAUGCGGACAAGGCAGCGGUGGCCAUCGAGAAAUUGACUCACCUUCAUGAUGUUCCUAUGCGUCUGCCACUGCACAGAAAGGUCAUCGCUUCAGCAAGGGAGAAAAUUGAGAGCUUGACUGGGGAUGUGAAUAAAUUUGAAACUUGGUCUGAAGAUCUUUACCUGUAAAUGCAGAGUGUAGCAUAUGUGUCAUCAUUCAUGUUUCGUACACAUUUACGGACCAAUUAUGGUCAAUUCCCUCUGCAGAAUAUCACGGUCAGAC